AACAAGUCGCCGUCAAUUAUUUGGAGACGAUUACGACUUGGGCACUGAUGGUGAGGAGGGACUCCUACUCGUGCGCUGCUCCUCCCUCCUCGAGGACGGCUGGCUUGCUUUUUACGGAUCUCACUGGAAACGAGCAUUUCUACUCGAGAUAUGAAGCUCUAGACUUGCAUAUAAAGUGGUCUUAUACAUCUCAACAGUUCUACACGAGAAAAAAUUUGCAGAGGAAAGUUUUAAGAGACGAACGAGGAAGGGAUCGAAGAUUCGAAAGUGUUGUGGACUCGACCACUUGGCAAGGCUCGAGAAAAUUUCGCUUUCGACGGUGUUCAGAAGAAGCUAAAAGCUGGGACACGGAGAAUGGCAAACUUUCUCCGCAAUUUUCCUUCUGCACUGACAUCGCAGCCACGGCAAAGCCGGAAUAAAUCUCCUCGCUGCGCCGAAUCGCCUCCUCCUCCUGCUGCUGCUGCUCCUCCUCCUCCCGCUCCUCCUGCAGCUCAUCGGCCUCUCGCUCAUUCCAGUCUGCGGUGCCCGAGGUGAGCCUUUUACGCUCCAUCAUUGUCACCGCGGGGGGUGAUGGUGCUGGUGUGCGCAAGGACCGAAGGCGUCGGGGUUCAGUGCGAGACUCGGAGCCGCUCGCUGGUACCCCCUCCCCUCCCCUCCCCUCCCCUGCUCCGGAGCUGGGAGCACCCCUGCCUUGGCCCCCAACGUGUUGCUCUACCCCCCGUGCUCUUGUCCCUCCCUUCUCUC